CGCUGGAGGUGCUUUUUUUCCCACCGCGGUGCUCGACCGCGUUGUGCCCGCGCUCAGGCUCGCUUUGACGGCAGCGGGCGGACGAGGAUCAGCCCGGGUACUCUUCUCCAGUGGAGCGUUUACUGAAAUCUGUCUGGUUUGAGUCACUUUUCAGAAGUUUCUGACUGAAAGCUGAUGGAAAUCCAGCUGCGCUCAGGGCAGCAGGAGGUUGAUGACCCAGCCUGUUUAGUAUCGUCGUGUCACACUGGAUUGUCAUGAUCAGGAGGAAAGCAGUCCUGGAGUUUCUGAAGACCAGCUUUAGCUAAAUCUAACGGGGCACGUGUGAGGGGCCUGGUUGACAGGUUGGCUGUGCUGCUUCUGAUGGCGGUCAAUAACCCGUCGGGGCUGCUGGAGGCUUGUGUGGUUGUCGGAGCAUCCAGAGAGAGUCUCAAGGAGUUAUGCCAGGCUCAGCUGCAGGGUAAAGAGAUAAAACACUGCUCUUUAGAGGCUGAGGUGUUGCAGGUUCACGCCCCACCAUUUGUGAGUAAGGAAAGUGAUACUGAUGGUCCUGGCCACGCCCCAGCCUUCAGCAGAGUCCAAAGGAGACGCUCCUUCUUGAAGAAAAAGAGGGAGAGACCUGCUGUGUCCUCUAACAAUGGAACCAAGACCAGUGAUUCCACCAUCAGCAAGGCAGAUGAUCUCAGUGUACCGAAAGACAUCGACCUCAAUGCUCUGCCCCAGCUGUGUUUCCCAGAUGGGUUGAUUGUAGCCACUGAGAAUCAGGAAGACUCUUAUCACUUCCUGGUUUUCACGGAUGUCUUUGGGAACCAGACACAUGGAGUGGUGGUUCAGUUUUACAGAUCCUUACAGUUUUCCCUGGAUGGUGUAACAUACCAAAACGGCCACCGUUCGUCCAAACCUCCACGGCUUUACACAGCCUAUGGCAUCUGCAUCAUCUCUAAAUACCCAUACUACAACGCUCUGAGAGACUGCCUGUCCUCAUUCCUAGUUCAGCUGAAGCCUUGCAGGAUGGAUGACUUUGAGGAAAAAGUAAAGGAGUUCUCUGCCAAACUGGCACUGGUGCCCAUCCCACCACCUGGACAGCUGCAAGUGGUAUUCAGCCUUAAACCCCUGCAGAUUGUGCUGCCACCAAGAGAAGACAUGGACCGUCCUGCUGUGGACCUGGACCUCCAUCUGCCUUUCCUGUGCUUUAGACCUGAGCAGAUCUUACAGGUGAUCUGCAGCAUCCUGACAGAGCAGAGGGUGGUGUUCCUCUCCACAGACUGGGCCAGGCUCACACUGGUGGCUGAAUGCUUCAUGUUCUUCAUCCAUCCACUGUGCUGGCAGCACCCCUUUGUGCCCAUCCUCUCCCGCCAGAUGCUGGACUUCCUAAUGGCUCCCACUGCGUAUCUAAUGGGUUGCCAUGCCCACCACUUCGAGGAAGUGGCUGCGGAAACAGAGGAUCUGGUCCAGAUAGACAUCGACAGUGGAACGGUCUCAGCUUCAUGUGGCAUGGACCUUCUAGACAUGCCAGUGAUUGCCACUGAGUGUUUUAAAGGACGGGUAGAGGGCCUGCAGCUGAACUAUGACCUGGAGGUGUGCCGGCGCGGCAGCAGCACGGACAUGAGCGAGCUGCGGGCACAUAGGAGGCAGUGGCAGCGCAAACUCAACUCCGAAAUACUCAGCGUCACCCUUGAGCUCAUCGUCAACAUCUUCAGAGACGUGCAUGACCACUUGAACUAUGAGCACCGGGUUUUCAACAGUGAGGGGUUCCUCAAGUCCCAAGAGACAGCAGAUCAGGCGUUUUAUAAGAAGGUUUUAGAGACACACAUAUUCCAUUCUUUCCUGAGGGAUCGCUUGAGUAGGAAGAUGGAUGCCUUCACACGUAUGGAGAUAAAUACUCGGUCAGAAGCUUACAGACUGAGGACCGUGUCCGACUCUCCCCGGAGGCCCACCAUGCAGGAGACAACACGCAAGUACAUGGGCCCGGAGAACAGACUGAAUAAGAGACUGGGCAUGAGUCUCCCAAACCUAGCGGAGGACCACUCUCUGACCGCACCUAUCCGUCAGCUGUCCUUAAUGAAGAACUCUCCACUGAUUGACAAGGGAGCCACGCUCAGUCCAGGUCUUAAACUUCCCUCAAAGCCAGUCAAAACAUUCAAACUUCCAGAAUUCCCUCCUCCUUUGGCCUUUCACUACGUUCAGAAGUACUACUGCGACCUCAUUAACCUGCUGAGUGAGUUCAUCGCCACGGCGAACCCGCAGGACUCCUCCCUGCUGGCCCGCUACUACUACCUUCGCGGCCUGGUGAGCUACGUGGCUGGAAAACGGCUGGACGCCCUGGUGGACUUCCAGAACCUCAACAGAACAGACACGGACAUCUUCCCGAUGGAAUUGGUGAGGGCAGUUGUGGAUUCCCUACAGGACAGUGAGCGGUCAGUGGUUGACCGCCGGCCAGACCUGAAGCGAUUGGUCAGCCGGAUGAAGAAGAGCAGUGAGCAAGCGCGAUUGGAGGACGGCGGCUCGGUGAAGAAGUUCGAGCUGCCGCGGACACACAUGCUCCAGGAGGACUUUGUCCGGCGAGUUCAGGAGUCGGGCAUCGUAAAGGAUCAUGGCACCAUCUCUCGUCUGUUUGAUGCUCUGACCGUGGGUGUGGAGACUGCGGGGAAGCUCUCAGCCCAGUCUGUUUUUUACCUUGAUUCCUCUCCAGAUGGUCAGCAGAAGCAGGUGGACCCUGAGGUCUUCCGUGACUUCUACACCAUCUGGAAGGAGACGGAGGCUGAAGCCCAGGACGUGGAUUUGCCUGCCUCUGUUCUGGAGCGUCUGGAUCCAAACGAGCGCGUGUACAAACUCUCUGCAUCCGUGAAGACCAGCCACGGGGUCGGCAAGAUCGCCAUGACCGAGCGCCGACUCUUCCUGCUCACUGAGGGACGUCCAGGUUAUGUAGAGGUCGCCAGGUUCAGAGACCUUGAGGAAGUGAAGAUUUCCUCCGCUCCUUUCCUUCUCCUGAGAAUCCCCUCCCUAAAGAUCAAGACCUGCCGAAAGAGAGAGACGUUCGAGGCUAAUCUGAAAUACGAGUGUGACCUGUGGCACCUGAUGAUCAAGGAGAUGUGGGCAGGGAGGAAAAUGGCAGACGAACACAAGGACCCUCAGUAUGUAGAGCAGGCUUUGACGAACGCUCUGUUGAUGGACGCUGUGGUCGGCUGUCUUCAGUCUCAGAAAGCUAUUUUUGCUGCUUCUAAACUUGCCUACUUCGACAGGAUGAAACGAGAAGUGCCGAUGAUGGUCCCCAAAACUACAUCAGAGACCCUGAAGCAUAAAAUCAACCCCUGUCUGAACCUGCCCUCUCCUCAAGCUGUGGACAUUCUGCUCUAUACUCCAGGAGAGCUGGGUGCAGCGGGCUCAGAGGGCAGUGGGUACCCAAAGCUGUGGUGCGCUUUGAGUGGAGGGAAGGUGGUGGUGUUCGAUGCUGCCAGCUGGUCCAUGCAGCAGAACUGCAUUCAAGUGGGGACCUCCCGCCUGAAUUGCAUGCUGGGAGUGGACCAGCAACAGCUGUGGAUUGGCUCUGAGGACUCGGUCAUUUACAUAAUCAACCCGCACAGCAUGGCCUGCAAUAAACAGCUGACGGAGCACCGUGCUGAGGUCACCGGCCUCGCCCUGGAAGACCGGCCUGAUAAAUACAGCCCGCUGGUGGCGUACUCGUGCAGCACGGAGGGCACGGUGAUCAUGUGGGAGGUGGCCACGCUGCAGGUGAGGCGCCACUUCAGACUGUCCUGUGACGGACUGCGGUCUCUUCAGAUCUUUGGUGGAAGGUUAUGGUGCUGUGCUCUGGACUGUGUGAUGGAAGUGCGGCGAAAUGGCACCCUGCACCGUAAAGUGGCCCUUCCCGAUCACCUCCGGGGUCCUCCCAGCUUUUACAGCGGCUUUGUGGUCUUUUAUGAGAGGGAGCAGCUGUGGACCGGCUGCACAAACGCAGGUGAGCUGUGUGUGUGGCACCUCAGUGACCCAAAGAGACCCUUCCAGAGGAUCCAGCUGCCUGACUGCGCCGGCGUUAUCUGCAUGAUCAAAGUUAAGAACAAGAUCUGGGUGGGUUGCCAUGGCUACAGUGGAGGUAAAGCUCGUGGGAAGAUCUACGUGGUGGACACAGAGCACCACAAGGUGGAGAAGGAGCUGGUGGCUCACUCGGACUCCGUUCAGACUUUGUGCUCAGCUGAGGACCGGUACGUUCUGAGCGGUGCAGCUGGUCAGGAUGGAAAGAUUGCCAUCUGGAAAGUGGAGUGAUGGAAAAGAAUGGACUCCUACCAGCAGACUUGCAGAUACUUCUGCGCCACAGAUAUGAAGAAAUGUAAAGGAACAUUCAGACAUGGGACGAAUCUUAUAAUGGAAGAUUCAUUGUAUCAUAAUGCACUCAGAUAACGCAUGACGAGUUCGAUAUGAAGGAUAUCAUUUAUAUUUUUACUGUAAUCUGAAGCAGUGGUUUAUAUUUAAGGGGAAAAAGGGGAAAAUUGUUCCUUACUACUUUCAGUGCUGGACUGCCAUGAUGAUAUCAGUAUUUUUGUACAAUGGGUUGCCGUAUGUCCAGCGCUUGUAGAGUCGUUUGGGCUUAUAAACUUGAGCCAUUAAGAGUCAUUUUUUUUUUUUAUGAAGACUUUAGACCCAUAAGGUGUCUGGGUUAUAAGUAAUUCCAUUUAUUCCACACUAAUAUUUGAAUGAUCCUGUUGUUUUUGCCAGGUUCUCUAUGCUGUUCAUAGCAUAGCAUUAUGUUUUACUGUCAUUAUCUUCUGUGUUUUAUACUGGAACGUUGUACACAUAUACUGUUAUUUACUGUGGUUUCCUUACUGUCACCUCCGACUUCCCAUAGGCUGACCGGGUGUUUUUACUAAAAUUAUUUCCUAUUUUAAUUUUCUAAAAUUAAAUAUUUUUCUAGCAUUAUAAAUAUAGAGAAAACGUUUUCCAGCAUCAUGUUCUGUAUAUCUUGUAAAGGUUGAUAUUUAGUAUUUCAGUAGAUGAUGCAAUACGGGUGAGUCAGUUUUUAGAAUAAAUUACUCUGCUGCACUUUGUUUUAAGGGGUUGUAUUUCCCAUUUGGGACAACUAAGGUUAAUAAAGUGGA